GUCGCUGCAAAUCAUAUUAUGCCAACAAUAAAUUAUACAUUGUUGGAUUUCUUAACGAUGAUUUUUAUUACAUUGAUUUAUCAAACAUAUCAUUAAAUGAGAACACCUUUAUUAAUUUAUCCAAAUGGAUCAAAAUUAAUGUGCCAAAUGAUACAAACGAUAUCCUCUCCAGCGGCUGGCCAUUUUUAGGCGGCACCUGGGCAAGGAAUCUUAGUUUUACAGGAACACCUAGCCAAUAUUUUUUAUAUUUUAGACCUUGGAUUUCUAAUAAAUAUAAUGGAAAAGCUUAUUCACCUCAGGACAUUUCAAAAGUUGUGGAUAUUUUGGAUACAAUUAAUUUUUUGUGGUCAAAUAGCGCGUCAAUUCCACAAAUAUACAACUCUUAUGUUAAUGUAACUUUAUAUGGUCCUCCUCAAGUUUUAUUGUCAAGCAAUAAAAUAUUAUAUUUUUCUGAAUAUUUAGGUGAUAAAAGUAAUCUUAUGACAUUAAUGACCAGCAUAUUAGAAUAUGAUAUUACUAAUACUAGUGGUGCAGUACCUAGUCAACGUAAUGAAUUUACCGCUGUUUCAACUUCAGACGGACGAGUUAUUAUAUAUGGUGGAACAAGAAACAUGCUAGCAGCUACUCCGUCUUUAGUAGUUCUGAACACCUCUAAUUAUGAGUGGUCAGUACCAUCAGAAAUAAAUCAUGUUGGACCAUUAUAUCAGCAUUCAUCAAUUAUGAUUAAUAAUUAUAUGCUUGUAGCAUGUG